GAAGGGAAUAGCAACCCACCAUAGCUCGCUGAAACUCAUUCUCUUUGCUUUGGUUAAAGCGUCCACUUUUCUUAUUCUCGAGAGAAAAGAGAAAGUUUUAUUUUUGUUUUUGUUUUUGUUUCUACAAGGGAAACAAAAUGGGUAUCUCGUGUAUUUUCUGCUCUAUGCUUCUUGAGCUCUGAUCUUCAACUUCAUCAACUGCAGCUACACUACAGACUAUGUGAAAUAUGAAUCACAAGAACAAUAACAAUGACAACAAUGGCUGGUUGGGAUUUUCUCUAAUGUCUCCGCAUAUGAAAAUGGAGGCUCCUUCUCCUUCUACAGCUAUGGCCCCAAGCUUUCACCUUUCUCCAUCUCUAUGUUAUGGUGUUGGAGAACCUUCUCCCUUCCACUUCCCUCUUCCAGUUAUGCCUCUCAAAUCAGAUGGUUCACUAUGUAUUAUGCAACCCCUCUCAAGAUCCCAACCAAAUGGCAUGGUAUCAAAUGACAAUAGCCCAAAGUUGGAGGACUUUUUGGGAGGUGCAACAAUGGGGGGAAAUCCCUUUGGUGGUCAUCAGAGGGAAGCAAUGGCUCUUAGCUUGGACAGUAUGUACUAUCAUAACUCUGACCAGGAAUCUAGGCAGAGAUCUAUGGACUUUUUUCAAGAACCCCAAACUCACCAUUCUUACUAUUCUACCCUGCAAUGUCAUGAAAUUUACCAAGAACCACUUCAGGUGGUGGCUAAACCAGCCCAUCAUCUUGCUGACUGUGAUGAAAAUGAGUUUAAACACUGGGGUUCUUCUGGUCAUUUUGGUGGUGGUCAACAAGGCCUUGACCACCACCACACCUCCACUACCAGCAGUGGGAGUGGGAUGGGUUGCAAUGAGUUGCAGUCACUGACCUUGUCUAUGAGUCCAGGCUCUCAGUCCAGUUGUGUCACUGCUGCAAGGCAUAUUUCCUCUACUGAACUUGAAUGUGUGGCUAUGGAGUCCAAGAAAAGGGCUUCCAUGAAAGUGACUCCAAAACAACCCAUCCAUAGAAAAUCCAUUGACACUUUUGGUCAAAGAACAUCCCAGUAUAGAGGUGUUACAAGGCAUAGGUGGACUGGUAGGUAUGAAGCUCAUCUGUGGGACAAUAGUUGCAAGAAGGAGGGGCAGACCAGAAAGGGAAGGCAAGUAUAUUUGGGUAAGAUAUUUGUUUUCAUUCUAAUUUUCUGAAUGUAAUGCAUAUUUGACACAUAUUUUUAUUUUUUGUGUGACAAAAGCAAUAAUAAUUUGUUCUUUGAGCAGGAGGCUAUGACAUGGAAGAAAAAGCAGCAAGAGCUUAUGAUCUUGCAGCUCUAAAGUAUUGGGGCCCAUCUACCCACAUUAACUUCCCGCUGGAAAACUACCACAAGGAACUUGAGGAUAUGACCAACAUGACUCGCCAGGAAUAUGUUGCACAUCUCAGAAGGAAAAGCAGUGGUUUUUCCAGAGGUGCUUCAAUAUACCGCGGCGUAACAAGGCAUCAUCAACAUGGUCGCUGGCAAGCUCGUAUCGGUAGAGUUGCAGGAAACAAAGACCUUUAUCUUGGAACCUUUAGCACCCAGGAAGAAGCAGCAGAAGCAUAUGAUAUAGCUGCAAUCAAAUUUCGGGGCGUGAGUGCUGUCACAAACUUUGACAUAUCCCGCUACGACGUUGGGAAGAUAAUGGCGAGCAACACUCUCCCUACCGGGGAGUCAGCGAGGAGGAACAGGGAGAGGGCAGCGCCUGUCGAGGCCAUAGAGUAUAGUAACAUUUCCCUUCAACCGAACCAAGAAUGCCUUCAUGAGAGUAAAACCGCGAAUUCAUCAGACUGGAGUAUGAUGUUGUACAACACCAACCCACCUUUCGAACCAAUGCCGCAUGACAAAGAGCUUAACACGGGGAACUACCAUCAGAAACCGUUGUUCUUGGGGGGACUGCAUGAUGAUGUCGUGUACGAGAACGAUGAUGAACCCGACAAGCUUCUCCACGAGAGUAGCCACAUGUCGAACCCGUCGUCCUUGGUGACCAGCCUGAGCAGCUCGAGAGAAGCGAGUCCGGACAAGGUGGCAGGUGGCUUGCCGAUGGUGUUUUGCGCGAAGCCCACUGCCAUGUCAGCAACCAAGUUCUUGAUUCCAACUGGCAAUGUCAAUCCUUGCUUCCCAAACACCAUAUCUCACCUCCCAGUGUUUGCUGCUUGGAAUGACACUUAGAAACUGUCUAUAUUUACGUCAAGGAGUAAGAACUGGAUGAAUGUAGGGUUCCUGUUUAGUUAGUUUCUAAAAGUCCAUAGUGGAUAAUAGUGGUAAAAUUAAUAGAAAGACAUGGUGGGGG